UUUUUCAUAUUUAAAAAACCUUUGAAUUUUCAUCGAUUUUCAUCACUCUAUCAGCCGCGAAAAAUCUCACCGACUCCAUAAAUCUUUACUUUGAUUUUUGUUCGGGUCUGGAGAUCGGUUGAAAGGCGAUUUUCAAGGGAAAUCGGCGGGGUCUGCGAGAUAAGGCCAAGUGGUCCUACAGAUGAACUUUUGGCGUUGAAUCGACAUGGCGGUUGCAUUUGAACGUAACGGUCGUCAACGGUGACAAUUUCGGUUCUACCAUUCAGUUGUCGUUCAAACGUAAGCCAUUUCAGGUUGGACCGUUUCUCGGAGGAAUUUAUCUAUUUGCAGUGUCUUUCCGAAAUCCAUUAGAAGCAGUUGGUGCACGUCAAGACAAGGAAACGGAGUGAAAGCUGGUGAUUGCUGAUUUACCCGAGAUUUUGGAGUUUUUUGACAUGGACCCAUUCACGCAGCGGAUGCUAGAACGUGCGAAAGCACGAAGAGAAAAGUUGGACACGAAAUUGUCGAACGCAGGUCACAAUGUUCAGCCCAGGAGAAGUCCACUGAAGGACGCCAAUGCCAUCAGUGCUUUACAAGCUACGAGAAUUUCAGAAACAACAAAAUCACAUAAAGAAAGGACAAGUGAAUCAUCAGAUUCAACAGUAAAUGCCAUUAAGUCAAUGCACAGGGUCUCUGAGGAGAUAAACAAACGUGAUGUCACUCCUGAUAAAGAAAAUGGAAAAAAUCAGCCGAAGAAUGCCAAAUCUAAGCUGCAGAGAUUGGGAAAAUUGUAUUCAGACGAUAGUCGUGAACUGAGUUCUCCAAUUCAUCGAACAGAGGAGCAAUUUUCAGCAGAGGAUAACACAACAGAAUCAAAGUACCCAAAGAGGGGAGCCAGAUUGGACAGAUUGGCCGCUCUAGCAUCAGAGAUAAACAAUUGGGAGGACGAUUUGUCCCAUCCAACUUUAGUGAAAAAGGGUGAAAGUAAAGCUGAGAAGAUUCAAGCGAAGAUGAACGAGCAGGUGAAGGCUGUGCCCGAUUCUCAACCCAGCACCAGUGGUUAUGGAAAAUGGAAGAGUAACACAUAUACGAAGAAGAAAACCGCGAGUCCCACGAGACAAAUGAAAUGGGAUAAAAAUGUUCUAGAUAAUUUGGAGGCUCAAGGCUAUACCCGUACAAAAAGCAAUUCUCGCCUAGUGUAUGACUACAACGCUUGUUCCCAGGAAAAGGAAGGAUCUCCAAACCGCGAAAGCCCAUUGAGAAAGGCACCCGGGGUAAGUUCCUCCAGUGAAAAGACGGCCUCGCCUUCAACGAAGGCCAACGGUUCGCCAUCAACGAAGACUCCAGAGACGUCCAAGGGUAUCACCAAUGGGAGAAGCAGGUUUGGUGGUUACAAUGGUUCUCCUAAAAGUACAGUACAAUCUCCUGGUUCAGUUCUUAGCAAAGCUUCGUUAUUUGAAUCAAAAAGUGUAGCUAACAAGAUCAAGGAUCCCGCUGAGAUGACACUUUCGGAGAGGAUGGCACUGUUUGAGAAGAACAAGGGAGAGGCGCUCAUUCCAAAGGCACCGUUGACGCUUUCGGUUCCUGCUAAGAAGCUGAUGGAGAAAGAAAAAUCAUCGUCUAAUGUCAGUUCAGCUGUUUCAGACCAAUCAAAUCGUAAUGGCGCUGGGAAACCUGCAUUUGCAAAUCGCCAUAUUUUUGAACAAGGUCCUCCUAAACAAGAAUUGGAGAAUGACAUAUUACGCGACAGUCAGGCCGAGAGAAAAAGGGAGUUGGAGAUGUUAAGAUCUCGGUUCAAUCAAAAUAAGGAAGUGGCCCAAGCAGCAGCUGGUUCCUGCAUCCGUAAAAAUUCCGAGUCCAAUACAUCGCCGAAGAAUUCACCGGUUUGUCCUGUGAAACCCACUCCUGCUACGGAGCACGUGCCGCCAGCGCCUCCCUUUCCUUCUCCCAAAACGACCCCUCUCUCCAGCCGUGGGCCUCCCGCGAAGCGUCAACCACCUAACUCGCCCCCUCCAUCUCACCCACUGCCCCCCAAGCCGAUCUUCACAAACGUGAAACGGAUAAAAGUAUCCCCUCCUAAACCAGGUCACCUCUAUCCCGACCUAACGAAUCUCGAGUCCUCCGAGACAGAGACUACGGAUACGGAGUACACUCUCGGCACAUCAGAACAGGAAACUGCAACAGUUGAUGAAACCUCCGAUGACGAGGAUGCGACUUACGAAGGCAACACAAGCUUCGAAACGAGUAUCCUCCGUGUAGUGACGCAAAAUACUCCUAAGAAACGAACAAUCUCCUCAGAUCUGGACUCCUCGACGUCCGACAUAUCGGUUUUAGAGGAAAUGGAUGAAUAUCUCGACGAGUGUCUAGCUCUCCAGGACUCCACACCAGGUCCUACCCCUCCAAAACAAAAUCGUGGAAUUGGGAGUCCCUCGAUGACCUCCACCAGCUUCAAAUACACAACUGGAUCAGCCUUGAGAUCACCUCUGAAGGUCACCCCCUCGCCGAAGCGUACAAACGAUCCUUACAUUGUCGAUGGUGACAGUAAACUUCCCCUGAUGCAUUCAGUCAGCUUGUACCGAAAACAACAAUCGCAAACCCCGAAAACACCCGCCAGAAUGGUUACCAGGGUGAUUGAUUGCGAUCAAGACUCGGAGAAUUAUGAUUACAAUAAACAAGAGGCUCUUCUCGUGCAGGAGAAGCUUAAACGACUGAAGGAGGAGGUGUGCAAGCAGAACACUAUCAUUGGACAGUCGAGUCAAGCAUUGAAUCUUUGUAAUGCUACGGUUGAGUUCUGUGGAUCCAGGGAACAGGUCGAGGGGGAAAGACUUCUCCUGGUGGCGACCCAUCGCCGUCAGGCGGCUCACAACGAAAUCCAGAGGCUUAAGGUCGAGGGAACAUUAAGACCGAGUGUACCUGGUGCUUCCGAGGUACAAGAGAGUGGAUCCCUGACAAUUUCCGCAAUCACGCUUCCUCUGAACAAGGAUCAGAUCAGAAAUAUGGAUUUAUAUGUUCGUCUUCACUUUUUAUGUCUCGUCAAGCACCUCGAUAUCGUCAUUGCCACGCAGGUGGUGCAAGUUGAGCCCGGUGACUCGUGCAUCAGGUUCCCUUCAACGUUGAAACUCGAGGAUCUUUACAGUGAUUUUAAGAUUAACGUAGAAGUUUAUUCAUUUCAAACGCGAGCUGAGAUACUCCCCCAUGAGGUGAAGUACCAUAUUCAUGGGGGUUAUUCUGGAGGUGGCAAUGCAAAGAAGGGGAUCAAGACCCCAAAGAAGUUCCUUAAACAGGAGAGCAGGCUGAUAAUGCCUUCUGUCCAGUCACCAGCUGGACCAAAUGCGGUACGAUCUCCAUCCUUCGCCCUCACGGGAUAUGUUGUAUUCAGUCUGAAGGAAGUUAGCAGACAACAAUUCACCCUGAACAAAGCUCCCAGGAACUCAGUGCUUGAGGGCAAAUUGCAGAUGCAUGUGGGAUGUGAGUUGUCAGUGUCGGUAGACUACAGGGGCUUCUUGACAAUGUUCGAGGAUGUUUCUGGAUUUGGGGCUUGGCAUAGGAGAUGGUGCCUGCUGAAAGGGGAUACACUGUCUUAUUGGAAGUAUCCGGAUGACGAGAAGAAGAAAACCCCCAUUGGUAGUCUGGAACUGCAGGGGGUAUCUACGCGAAAUGUUGGUCUGGUUUCUCGGGAUAUUUGCGCCAGACCUCAUACUUUUCUGCUGGAGACGGUCAGAGAGGCACAACCGGGAGAUGUGGAGAGUCUGACAGUAGUGAGGAAUGGAGCGUUGACAACUAUUAGACACUUAAUUUCUGCGGACACCAAGGAGGAGCGUCUGGAGUGGUGUUCGAAACUGAAUCAGACUCUCAACUUGAUACGUGCCUGGGGGGGGAUGUCAUCAGCAGUCCCAUAAAUCAUCUCUCCAACGUAACACUUAAACAAUUACUGAUGAACUUUUGGUAGAAAAAUACCAUUAUUAUCACCAUGGAAGUACAUUUUUAACCGAAUAGUAAAUUAGAAAAUUUUAGUCCAUGACUUCCUUGAUUACGAUAAAUAACAGAUCAAUGAUAAAUUACGAUAAUUUCUAUUUUCUUUUUCCACUAUCUUCGUCAAUUCGUAACAGAAUUGCCCCAUUAUGAGCAAUUAUUGUAAAUAUAAAAAUCGUAUGAUUAAUUAUCUUAUACACGUAACAGUAUUUAUCGUAGAUUAUGUACAUGUGUUGUAUCACCGGUACGUCUAUUAACUAUAUAUGACUAUAUAGAUGCCUAACAUUUUCUUACGAUUUUUUAUACUGCAUUUAUAUUCUUGUAUUGUGUUGAGCAAUUAAAACAAUAAAUAUUAUCGUACCUCUUA